CUCUGCAGCAACAUUUAAAGCAGACAACAAAGUUCCAGCCUGUCUCUCACUGUCUGAUGGUCAUCAUGUUCAGCCUAAAACAAGCUGCUCUGCUCUUCAUUCAGCUCAUCAAUACAGGCUGCAUCUUUGCAGCGCCUGCCAUAAAAGACCACAGAGAUGUUCUGGUAUCAAGAGGAGAUUCAGUUUUAUUCAUUUGCAACAUAUCCAACUUAGACUCAACGUUUAUCCUAUGGACCAAAGACAGACCUUAUUUUAUUUACUCAACUUCCUUUAAUCAAACAUUUUCAAAUUUCUCCUCUAACAGACUGAGAAUAGAAGCAAACAUGCCGUCUACUCUUAAUAUUAUUUGUGUUCAGCAUGAUGAUGCCGGAGUUUAUACUUGCAACACAACUGGCAAAAAAGGCAUUAACAGUAUGACAUGGAACUUAACAGUACUGGAGACCCAAAACGAAAUCAGUUUCUCAGAGUACGUUACAUUCACACUAUCAUCUGCCCUGGGGUUGCUUUUAUGUUGCACUGCAUUAGCUGUCUGCCUCUGUAGCGUAUCAUUUUGUCUAAGCAAGAAGAACAAAACCAGAGACCGAACCUGGAAUCUGAGUAACAGCAGUAUCUUUAGCUGCACGGAGUAUACUGUUCAGCUUGGAGAAAAGGAAGCAAUUCCUUCACAUUCCAAAGCUAAACCAACACGGAAGAGAAUUGGUAAGGAAGAUCAAGCGGCAUCUCAAAUCACCUUAAGAAAAAAAAGCAGAAGAGAAACCUCUGAAUUAAAUAACACAUAAAGAGCAAGAUCCAGUUUAUAAAAUGAUACAUUUGUACACAUUUACAAGCUCAAAGACUUUAAUAUAUAUUUAUAUAUAAAUAUUUCUGCUUUUGAUUUUCUUUUUUAUAUUAUGGAAAUGUAAAUGAAUUAUUACAUUCUGCUGUGUUUUUUUUAUUUUUUAUUAUGAAGUACCUCAGGAGGAUUUUCCCUC